CAGGCGAUAGAUGGGCAAGUGAGAAUGAGGAGGAGAAGCCUCCUCCACCCAAAAAUUCUGAGAAAGCAGAACCUUCCGGGACAUUUGCAGAGGGGGCGUUCCUGUCCCCAGAGCAGCUAGAGUCUUUCGACAGUCAACACAAAUUGGAGAAUCGGCAAGACGGCCCGGUGGGGGAGGGAGACUGUAAAAAAAUCCCUUGCCAGGGGGAUGGCCGGAAACGUGACGAGGCCCAGUCGCGAGUUCAUAAGGACCGCCGGAAAAAGGUGUGCACGGAGUGCGGGAAAGCGUUUGGCCGGAGCUCUGACUUGCUCAAACACCGGAGGACCCACACGGGGGAGAAGCCCUUCCAGUGCCUCCACUGCGGGAGGAGCUUCAGCGACCGCUCCAACCUCAUCGCACACCGCCGGAUCCACGCCGACCAGAAGCCGUACCAGUGCUUGGACUGCGGGAAAAGCUUUUGCCAGAACUCCUACCUCGUCCGCCACCGGAGGACCCACACGGGGGAGAAGCCAUACAAGUGCUUGUACUGUGGCAAGGGCUUCAGCGACAGCUCGAACCUGGUGGUGCACAAGAGGACCCACACGGCCAGCGACAAGCCAUACCGGUGCCUGGACUGUGGGCGCAAGUUCAGCGAUCCCUCGCUCCUCGCCAGGCACCAGCGGAUGCACGCGAAGGAGCGGCCAUACAACUGUUCGGACUGUGGGAAGACCUUCCGCCACCGUUCGGACCUCAUCCGCCAUCGGAGGACCCACACGGGAGAGAAGCCAUUCAAAUGCCUGGAUUGCGGGAAAUGCUUCAGCCAGCGAUCCCACUGCAGUACGCACGAGAGGAGGCACGCGAGGCAGAAGGUGUACCAGCAAUGCUCGGAUGAUGGGAAGAACUUCAGUGCCGCGGAGACUGGACUCCCUGCAAAGGAGGAAGUUGCCGAAACUGGUCAAAAACUCACUGCCCAGAAG